AUCACAAUUUUAUCAUUAUUUAAUAGUUAUCUUGAUGAAUUUUGGCUUAAUGUAAAGUUAGUAGCUGUGACUAUACUUAAAAAUUCAAAAUGGACAAACAGGAUGGUAGUCAAACCCAGCGGCUGACAAAUGCUGAUUUUCGACGUUUGCUUAUGACCCCCAGGGUAUCGCAACCCUCGAGUACCCCUGCAGUCGCUAACCCAGAUGGAAGUUCCACAAAAACACCAUCGGGUGCUAAAUUCGAAUCAACCGGUUCCAAUGAUAAAGCGGAACUCAGGAGAAAAAAAAAGAUUUUCUAUGCCAAACUUAAGAAACAAGAGGAAAAUAAAAUGGCUGAAUUGGCGGAGAAGUAUCGAGACAGAGCAAAAGAAAGAAGAGUGGGUUCCAAUCCAGAUUACCAGUCACAGGAUCCGGUAGCUGUAGCCAGUGGUUAUAGGGCAGUGGCACCCGAUAUAAAAUCUGGCAUGGACGCUGCUGAAAGAAGGCGUCAAAUGAUUCAAGAGUCUAAAUUCUUGGGUGGUGAUAUGGAACAUACUCACUUGGUAAAAGGUUUGGAUUAUGCACUGCUCCAAAAAGUUAAGAGUGAAAUAGUAGCUAAAGAAAACGAACAAGAGACUGAAAUGGAACAAUUAGUAUCUAAUAAACCAUCUAAGGAGAAACCAAAAGAAGAAGAUGAAAUGCAAUUUAAAACACGAUUAGGAAGAAAUGUAUACAGAGUUGCUUUAUGUGAAAAUGAGUUACGACGCAAUCCUUUAUUUGCACCUGGUCGUAUGGCAUAUAUAAUUGAUUUAUCAGAAGAUAUAACUGACACAGAUAUACCUACAACACUGAUCCGUAGUAAAUCUGAUGUACCCAGUAUGGAUGAUAGACCAACAUUGACCACUAAUGACAUAGUUAUUAACAAAUUAGCACAGAUACUCUCAUACUUACGUACAGGACCUAAACACUUGAAAAAAUCUAAACGGCGAGACAAACAAGCUUUUGAUGAUAAUAUUUAUCCAGAAUUACCUGAUUAUGAACCAGCUCAAAGAAAUCACCAUCAAAAACGAUCAGAAGAAUCUUCUAACACUAAAAAACAGUCUAGUUAUUUUAAUAGUUCCAAAGAUGAAGAAAAAGAAAUUGAAAGAGAAAACCAUAAAAGAAAUGAGAUGGGUUGGGAAACUCUCAGCAAAGCAACAUUUCAACGUAAAAACCAGACUGGUUUAUUGUCUCGUUUAGCUGCAGAACCAACAGGUUAUGCAGAAUGCUAUCCUGGCUUGGAUGAAAUGCAUGAUGCUAUAGAAGAUUCUGACGAUGAGGCUGAUUAUACAAAAAUGGAUCUUGGUAAUAAAAAAGGCCCUGUUGGUAGAUGGGACUUUGAUACUGCUGAAGAGUAUGGUACUUAUAUGAGCAAUAAGGAAGUAUUACCAAAAGCUGCGUUCCAGUAUGGUGUAAAAAUGACUGAUGGUAGAAGAACCCGAAAGCACAAUAAAGAAAAAAAUGAAAAAGCAGAGCUCGACCGUGAAUGGAACAAAAUACAAAACAUAAUACAAAAAAGGAAAGUACCCACAGCCGGUAAAGAAGAAGGAUCUUCUUUUAAAGUCCCCAAGUAUUAAAUAAAUGUAUCAUUCAUUUUUUGAAACAUUUUGAUUAGUUUAUAAUAAUUUUACAACUGUAGUUCUCACAAAUAAAAAUAAAUGUUUUUAUUUUCA